UUGAACGAAAUCUGGCCGUUUAAAAUGGGUCAAAAUCGCCCCCAAAGGAGUCGGUUACAAAAAUACAAACAAACAAACAUACAGGGCGCCAAAGUAUGGAUUCAGCAUCCAGAAAAAAUAUGGGAAGGUGCAAUACUAUUAGACGACUACAAAUCGACCGACACAAGCAUAAAACUGCAAAUAGAUGACACUCGAGAGCAGCGUGUAGUAGAAGUUAAAACCGACAAGGAACUUCCACCACUUCGGAACCCAGAUAUACUGAUAGGAGAAAACAACCUGACAUCACUUUCUUUUCUCCAUGAGCCAGCAGUCCUCUAUAACUUACAAGUCCGUUUCCAGCGACGAUGCAUUUACACCUACUGCGGGAUUGUCCUCGUGGCUUUUAACCCCUACGACGAGCUUCCAAUUUACGGCAAUGACACAAUUUGGGCGUACCGCGGUCAAGCGAUGGGAGACCUCGAGCCCCAUAUCUUCGCAGUGGCCGAAGAAGCGUACACCAAAUUGGAGCGUGAGCUCCACGACCAAUCAAUCAUCGUCUCCGGAGAGUCAGGAGCUGGUAAAACGGUGUCUGCUAAAUAUGCCAUGCGUUACUUUGCAACAGUGGGUGGCUCAUCUACCGAGACGCAAAUUGAGAAGAAAGUCCUCGCGUCCUCGCCGCUGAUGGAGGCAUUUGGCAACGCCAAGACCACGAGAAACGACAACUCCUCCAGGUUUGGAAAAUUUAUAGAAAUACAAUUUAACAAAAAUUACCACAUUACAGGCGCAAGCAUCCGUACGUACUUGUUAGAAAAGUCACGUGUUGUUUUCCAAGCACACCAAGAACGUAAUUACCACAUAUUUUAUCAACUGUGCGCCGCAGCGACGUCUCCUCCCCAAGCCAGUCCUUCAGACGUCUCAGCGAGGCUGAAGAACCUACAAUUGGACAAGGGAAGCAGUUUCCACUACCUAAAUCAGGGUAAUUGCUUUACAAUCGACAACUUGGACGAUUCGCGCACCUUCCAAGACACUUUAUCAGCAAUGACCCGUCUGGGGUUUGAGUCUAAGCAACAAGAAGAAGUAUUCAAAAUUCUAGCCGCUAUUUUACAUCUAGGAAACGUCGAAAUAGUCCAGGAUUCCCGCGCGUCUGAAGGUGGGGACAGUGAAGCCUGCAUGAUAGCCUCUGGAGACAGACACCUGACCAUUCUGGCCCAGCUGAUGGGUAUAGACCCCUCCGGUAUGCGCAAAUGGCUCUGUCAUCGCAAGAUCGUGUCAAUGAGAGACGUAAUUCUGAAGCCUAUGAACGUCGAGCAGGCAAUCGGAGCUCGGGACGCUUUGGCCAAACACAUCUACGCCGAGUUGUUCAACUUUAUUGUCCAUGGGAUAAAUGAGUCGCUGCGUAGCAAAGUAAAGGCUUCUUUGUCUUUCAUCGGCGUGCUGGAUAUUUACGGGUUUGAAACCUUUGAAAUAAAUUCCUUCGAGCAAUUCUGCAUAAACUACGCCAACGAGAAGCUUCAGCAGCAAUUUAACCAGCAUGUGUUCAAACUUGAACAAGAGGAGUACUUGAAGGAAGAAAUUGAAUGGACUUUUAUAGAUUUUUACGACAAUCAGCCGUGUAUAGAUUUAAUAGAAACCAAGCUAGGUAUUUUGGACUUGCUAGAUGAAGAGUGUCGUAUGCCACGAGGCUCUGAUGACUCCUGGGCCGAGAAACUUUACUCUAAAUGCGUUAAAUCUAAGCACUUUGAGCGACCACGCUUCGGGACCAAUGCAUUUCUGAUUCAUCACUUCGCAGACCUGGUUGAGUAUUCGACGAUUGGCUUUUUGGACAAAAACCGUGACACUGUUAUGGAAGAACAGAUCGACGUGUUACGUUCAAGCGACAAUAAACUACUGAAACAGCUGUUUAAUGAUGACCCUCCAAAAUUGUCAGUCCCCAGUGGUCAAUCUAAAAUAAAAAUAUCCGCCCAAAAGCCUUUGGCAAACGCCGCGCCUAAGCAAAACAAAAAAACAGUCGGCUCGCAGUUCCGAGACUCGUUGAACAUGCUGAUGUCGACGCUCAACGCAACGACUCCUCACUAUGUUCGUUGUAUCAAGCCCAAUGAUUCCAAAGAGUCCUUCGAGUAUGAUGCGCAGCGCGCGAUACAACAAUUACGAGCUUGCGGAGUUUUGGAAACAAUUAGAAUUUCAGCAGCGGGUUUUCCCAGCCAGAGGACCUACGCAGACUUUUUCUCGCGGUACAGAUGCCUGUGUCCGUUCAAAGAGAUCCUGAGAGAGGAUUUAAAGGAAACAUGUCGGCGUAUUUUGAAGUAUUAUAUAAAAGACGAGGAUAAAUUUAAAUUCGGUAAGACUAAAGUACUUUUCAGAGCCGGACAGGUUGCUUAUUUGGAAAAACUGAGAAGUGAGAAGCAAAAAGACGCCUGCAGGAUGAUACAGAAGCGUGUCAGAGGUUUUAUAAUCCGCAGACGCUACCAGGAGAUUAGAAAAGCUGUGCUGGGACUGCAGCGACACGCCAGAGGAUACUUGGCACGUGUUAAGGCCCAGAGAAUUAGACGUGAGCGCGCUGCGGUGAAGAUACAAACUAGUAUUCGUGGGUGGGUCGCUCGUACAAGGUACCUCAGAGUCAGACGGACGAUAAUUAGCCUCCAAAGGUACGCGCGUGGAUUACUUGCGCGAAAAAAGUAUGCGAUUAUGAAGGACAACGCAGCUGCGACGACGAUCCAGAGAUUUGCCCGUGGGUAUCUAGUUCGUGCUGCAGUCAAGCAGAAAAUUAAUAAUAUUAUUAUUGUACAGUGCUGUGUGCGCAAGUACUUGGCUCGGAGAAUCUUCAGAAGACUCAAGGCCGAAGCCAAGAGCGUCGAACAUGUAAAGACUCUGAACAAGGGCCUGGAGAAGAAGAUCAUAUCGAUGCAGCACAGAAUAAACGAGAUCUUGAAAGAGAACCAGGCUUUGCGUGUGGUUCAGACCGAGGUUGUGGAUUUAAAGGUUAAGCUGGAGGCUAUGAAGGCUGUCGAGUUGGAGAACAAGAAACUUGUGGGUGUACUCGUCGAGAAGGAUCGUGAGUUGGAGCUGAUGGCAGAGACGGUAAAGCGCGAGCAAGAUGAAAAGAUGGAUCUUUUGUUGGAGCGUGAGAAGCUGAUCAAGGAGAAGGAGGACGAGAACAAGCGGCUGAGUGAAGAGACCGAGAGGUUGAAGAGAGAGUUGGCGGUAGCCAGCGAGAAGCUCAAGAUUGACCAACGUGGAGCUGAGGAGAAUCUCAAACAUCGGUUGGAGCAGGAGAAAGACCUGCUGCUCAUGGAUCACGAUCAAGACCGUGGAGCCUACCAGAGGCUGCUUAAAGACUACCAGGACUUGGAAGAACAUGUUGAAGUCCUGGAGCGCAAGCUGGCGUUGCACGCUCCUGGAGAAGGUCACUCUAGGUCCCUCAGCAACGCUUCCAGCGGCAGUGUAGGUCAGGCUGCCUCUACUGAUGUUCCGGAGGAAAAUAUUGACUUUGGCUACGGCUCGGUCAGAUCUACCGUGUCUUCGACGGCUUACUCGAGGGUGGAGACCAUCGACUGGCACCAGAGACGCUCUGAAAGCCCACCUGAUGGUGAAGCUCAGCCAAGCAAGCCAGUUGAGAAUGGCAAUGGCGGCCUGGUGGCUGCUCCAGUUGACAUAGGGCUGGUGUUGAAGCUCCAGCAGAAGCUCAAGGACGUCGAGAGCUCUUAUGGCCGGCUGGUCAGGACCAUGGAGGACUUGGAGCGUGACAGUGGGGAAGAUGCUCUCAGGACUCAGGAUACCUUCAAGUUGGAGGAGUUGGAGAUGGAGAAUGCCCAGCUUAAGAAAGAUCUCGGCACUUUGAGGAAAGCUGUCGUUGAUGGUGAUGUCAAUUCAGCCCAGAAGGAACUCACCAGCCAGUUUGACGCGCUACAAGAAGAGCUAGAGCGUCGCAGGGAAGAAUGCAUUCAGCUACACAGUGUCCUUGCUGAUAAUACCAAGAGGAUGAAGAGUCUCGGGUCUAAUUAUGGAAGGGAUGUUGAUAUUAUCAAUGAGGAUGGAGAACUGGCACUUGCUUUUGAAGCUCAGAAGAAAAUUAAUCGGCAAUUGGAGGAUGAACUUCAGACUAAAGAAAAGGGCUGGAGAGAACAACGAAAUGAGUGGAGGAAUGAAAUUGAUCGGUUGCAAGAAGAAAUGCAGAAACUACAGAAAUUGCUGAGUGUUAAUUUGAGCAACACUCCUAAAACUCAAACUGAAGCUUUUAUGCAACAUGAAAUUGUUAAAAUUACGUCGGAAUAUUUGGAUUUGCAAGAAAAAUACGACAAAGUAGCUGAAGAGUGCCAGAAGCUCAAAAAGCGAUGUAGGAUAUUCGCAAAACGCCUCCGUGAUGCUGGAUGCGAGGAUAGUGAACCGAAACAAUUACCAGAACCACCGAAACCUCGCGCUUUUAUGAUUACCGCUCCGGUACCAGAUACAGUAGAUCCGGCGCCUAAUCAAUCAGUGAUAACAAGUCAGCAAUCAAAUGGGACAGUAAUGCCAGCAAUUAGGAAGAAAGAACGAGAUUACGAGGGGAUGUUUGAGUUCCGAAAGGAAGAUAUUACUUCUAUCAUUCGUAAUCUUGUCAUAGAAUUAAAACCAAAAGUAGCAGUAACUUUAUUACCUGGAUUACCAGCUUACAUAUUAUUUAUGUGCAUCCGUCAUACCGACUGCAUAAAUGACGACGAUAAAGUAACAUCACUGCUAACGGGUUACCUGAACGCGGUGAAACGAGUGAUUAAAAAACGUGAUGACUUUGAUUCAACAGUCCUCUGGCUGUCGAACACUCUGAGAAUCCUGCACAACUUGAAGCAGUACUCCGGGGACAAGCCUUUCCAAAUGGAAAACACGGCCCGACAGAACGAGCAGUGUCUCAGAAACUUUGACCUCAGUGAGUACAGAUCAGUCCUGAGCAACGUCGGAGUCUGGAUAUUUGGCCACGUGAUGACCAUUUUGAAAGAACGGAUUCAAGCGCUGACAGUUCCAGCUCUGUUGGAGCACGAAGCGAUAACAGGGCUCAACUCCAACAAGUCGGGUCGGCCACGGUCUUCUUCAGUUGGCGAGGAGCCAGAAUCAACGCAGCAGAAAUUAAAUAAAUUGCUGGACGAAUUGGGUUUGAUUCACAAAACUAUGCAGUACCACGGCGUAGAUAAAGAUGUUAUUGUUCAAAUAUUCAAGCAGUUGUUUUACUUUAUGUGUGCUAGCGCGUUGAAUAAUUUACUGCUGAGGAACGAGUUGUGCCACUGGACCAAGGGGAUGCAAAUUAGGUACAAUCUCAGUCACAUUGAACAGUGGGCUCGCGAUGAGCAGCUAGUCCCGGCGAUUGAAUCUUUGCAGCCGAUCAUCCAAGCUGCGCAGCUGCUCCAAGCUCGCAAGACUGAUGAAGAUGUCAAUGCAGUGUGUGAAAUGUGCAAUAAAUUAACAUCUAAUCAGAUUAUCAAAAUUUUACAUCUUUACACUCCAGCUGACGAGUAUGAGACCAGAGUUCCAGUUACUUUUAUUCAAAAUGUACAAGAAAAAUUGAAACAGAGACAAGAAAACAACGAACAGGUAUUUUUUUAUUUUAUUUACUAUGCUUGAUUAUAAUACUAAGUUAGCCGACGAUUUUAAUUUU